AAGAAAAAAAAAAGAGAAAGAAAGAAAUAUUCGAUGAUAAAAGCCACGAUGUUUUGUGUUAAAUCGAGGCAACUACCAAUGCUUCAAGUUUCGGGAAAUUGCUUUUUCCCUUUCAAUCCAAGCUUGCAGGAGGAACUUAAACGAUUAUUCACCGAUGAUUUCACAUUCUACAGUUACUAUACCAAUCCGUAUCCUAACGUGGACGACGUGAUGGAAGAAUUUCGUCACAAUGGACGGGAUUUUGAAUAUUGUCCGGAUGUCGACGAUUAUCAACAGCCUGUAGCUAAUAUUCGUCGAAAAAAGCCGAAAAAGCCAUUACCAAACGUAUGCGUCUUUUGUAGAAACAAUGGCGUUGAGGAAAUAUACUAUCGGCAACAUUUGAUCAAGUAUGCUGAUGGCCGAGUGCAGUGUCCCGUUCUUAGGGCAUAUACGUGUCCAAUCUGUGGUGCUACUGGAGAUACAGCGCAUACCGUGAGCCAUUGUCCUAUGAGAUCCAAAAAUUCAGGAUCUUAUCAAUCAAAAUCAUCAUUCGAGACAAUUUCAACGACGAACGAUCCAAAAUUACAAAGAAAUUCAAUAGGUAAACGACGUCAGAAGUGAAUUGAUUUUCUUUUUUUUUUUUUUAUUAUUUUCGAAUAUAUCGACGACAUUAACUUUUUCAACCGUGAUCUAUCUUAAUGAAUAAGAAAACAAGAAGGAAGGCAGAAAGUAUAGAUAAAAGAGAAAAAAAAACAAAAUUACCAAUGUACUACAACUAAACUGGUAUGGUAAUUAGAUAAACGUUCGAAUUGAAUUUACAUUGAUAUUUGUGCUAAACAAUUAAUUAUUUUCAACAAUUGUUUCUGACAAUUUUUGAAAAUAUAAAAGAUCGUUCGAAAAUUAAUAUGGCAUAUAUAUAUAUA